GCCAGGGAGAGGGAGACGGGGAAGAGACGGGAGGAAGGGAGCCAGCCAAGCAAGCAGCCGCUGUUCAGCCUGGCAAAUAACCCACCACGAGGCCGGCCAGGAGGAAGCAGCUCGGGGACCCGAGACAGCAUCGCCGCCCAGGAUUGGGACCCAUCCCAUUGGAAGUGCGGAGCGCUGGAUUUCCCGGUAGGAUGGGCCGAGGAAGGGACCCGGGCGUCCGGCUGGCUGUGCGGGAGCGCUCUUCUCCUUAGGGCCUCAUUUCUCCCUCGCUUCGCACCAAAGGUGUGCCUGGAUUUACCUCUAAGAAGGACCAUGCGAGGAUUUCGGAGCGGGGACCUCAUUGAUACGGGGUUUCUCCUAGCAGCCUUUCUCCUGUGCCUCUGCCUCCCGCCCACCCGAGCGAUCGAGAACCUGCCCAUCGUAACUAUCCCCGAGAACCCAGCCGAAGGUCAGAACGUCACAUUCUCCGUGGAAAACGUGACGGGCAGCGUCCGACAGUUCGACUGGUAUCGCGGGUCGGUGACGGACGGGGGGAGCCGGAUCUUCACCUACUUUACGGGAGACAACAGGCGCCCGCAGCGGAACGGGGUCCGCUUCACCAGCCGGGAGUUCGGCUAUCCCAACGGGUCGCUCCUCAUCCGGGGGGUCCAACAGAACGACAGCGGGGCCUACACUGUGGUUGUUUUAAUCCGCCCAAAGGGAACCUUCAGGGGCACCACGGUCCUUCAGCUGGCUAGCUCUGCCACAGAUGCACCUCCGACAACCCCACCCCUGACAACUCUGCCGGCAAAGACCCCUUCGAUGCUGGGCUGGAUUGUGGCCGGAGUCCUGGUCGGGAUCCUGCUGGCCGGGGCGUUGGGGGCCACCCUCGUCUACCGAUUUGUCCUGCAGAAGGCAGAGCCAGGCACCGGAGUGGCAAUGAAACUGGACCAGAGGGUGAAGAAACCCCCAGCAUCCAAACGUGACGACACAGAGCCCAUAUACGAGGUGAUGGAUUCGCCAGUGGAAUCGCGGCAGGUGGCAGGGAAGCCUCCGCCCCCUGUUCCAGGACCCCUCCCUCCUCUUGCCGAAACCUGCCCCAACCUAGACUCAAACUAUAUGGACCUACUGCGCAGGGCAGAGUCGAUUUACUCCGAGAUGAAGAGGUGACGCCGGGGCUUGGAAGACGCCCCUUUCCUCACUCGUUCCCCCCCCCCCCGGGGAAUGACCCAUUCCAGAAUCUUGGGCUGCGAAUUCUGAUCCAUCUCCUUCCCCCGCCCUUGACUCCCCCCCCUGCUGAGAGUCUCCCAGGCUCAUCUUUCACCCCUUAAGACAGUGAAUACACUGAGGAAUAUGACAAGACCAAAGGUCGCCCUGCCCAGCCUCGUCUGCUAAUGGAAUGGAAAAACUGAAAGGGACUUCUUUCGGUUUGGGGCAGCUGUCUCCUCUGCCCCGGGAAGGGUGGGGUGGGGCUUUCUAAUCUGGGGAUGCGGUGGGGAAGGGGGAGAGAGAGUCCGAUCUCUUGAAAUAUGGCGGUAGAUGAUUGUUCUGGGUCCCGGAUCACCCACACCAGACAAGAUAACGGUUCUUGUUCCUUGUGAGCGAGUCUGGGGCCGACACCCCUCUCCAGCCGUUUGUUUUCCUAGAGGACUACUCAGAGAAGCGACAGCAACUCGGCCUCUGCCCCGAGUGUGAAUUCUGCUGCCUCGAGCACCACUUUUCACUACAGUUCUUCUGCCUCUGUAGCAGCCGUAGUAUCAUCUUUUGGGAGCCGGCGGCGGGCGAGUGGGUUUGGCAGAAGCACCUGUCGUGGCUGAUUUUUGUGGGAGGAGGGGUUGAGGACGAACUUUAAAAACCAGCUUUCCCAUGGAAUCAAUGUAUAUAACGCAAGUGUGAAAUAUAUAUCUACAGAGAGGCA